AUGCAGUCUUCGCCCCGUGCUCGUGCGUCCCCGGCUGUUUCGGGCUCGACGCCUAGCUCCCUGAACGAUUUGUUCGUUCCCCCCUCGCCUGUGCCCGACCGGUCCCGGAGGAGCGCGCGCCUGGCGUCCCAGGAUGCUGGGUCCGUCCGCACCUUCCUCGCGGCCCGCGGCGUUGUGCCAGUGACUUUCUUCAUGCUGACGUCACUGUGCCAGCACUUCCGCUUGUACUUUUCUGAAGUGAACACUGAUGCCUGGGACUGGGUGCGCGACCCCUUUGCACCUGGAUCACCCAAUAGCCUAACAGGAGCAGAGAGAGGAGCAGAGAGAGGAGAAGAGAGAAGAACAGGAGCAAAGAGAGGAGCAGGAGCAGAGAGAGGAGCAGAGAGAGGAUUAGAGAGAGCAGGAGUAGAGAGAAGGAGCAGAGAGAGGAGCAGAGAAAGAUCAGAGAGGGCAGAAUCUGAGGCAGUGGUUAUGGAACUGACUCCAAAUGGAUCCAGACAGGGUCCAGGGGCCACGGUCAGUUUCCACAAUAUCCACUACAAAGUCCAACAGGGAGGAUGCUGCCGCAAGAAAACAAGCAAAGACAUCCUGAUCGACCUGAGUGGGAUCAUGAAGCCCGGCCUGAACGCCAUCAUGGGAGCCACCGGCAGCGGGAAAUCCUCGUUCCUGGACGUGCUGGCAGCUCGCAAAGACCCAUCUGGUCUGAGUGGAGAGGUUCUGAUCGACGGCCGACCGCAGCCGCCCAACUUCAAAUGUCUGUCGGGAUAUGUGGUCCAGAGGGAACGCUCUCUCCCUGCUCCAGAGGGAACGCUCUCUCCCUGCUCCAGAGGGAACGCUCUCUCCCUGCUCCAGAAGGAACGCUCUCUCCCUGCUCCAGGGAAGAGGGAACGCUCUCUCCCUGCUCCAGAGGGAACGCUCUCUCCCUGCUCCAGAGGGAACGCUCUCUCCCUGCUCCAGAGGGAACGCUCUUCCUGCUCCAGAGGAACGCUCUCUCCCUGCUCCAGAGGGAACGCUCUCUCCCUGCUCCAGAGGAACGCUCUCCGAGGACGCUCUCUCCUGCUCCAGAGGGAACGCUCUCUCCCUGCUCCAGAAGGAACGCUCUCUCCCUGCUCCAGAGGGAACGCUCUCCCCUGCUCCAGAGGAACGCUCUCUCCCUGCUCCAGAGGGAACGCUCUCUCCCUGCUCCAGAGGGAACGCUCUCUCCCUGCUCCAGAGGGGAACGCUCUCUCCCUGCUCCAGAGGGAACGCUCUCUCCCUGCUCCAGAGGAACGCUCUCUCCCGGAACGCUCUCUCCUGCUCCAGAAGGAACGCUCUCUCCCUUCUCCCUGCUCCAGAGGAACGCUCUCUCCUGCUCAGAGGAACGCUCUCUCCUGCUCAGGGAACGCUCUCUCUCUGCUCCAGGGAUCUCUCCUGCUCCAGAGGACGCUCUCUCUGCUCCAGAGGAACGAACGCUCUCUCCUGCUCAGAGGAACGCUCUCCCUGCUCCAGAGGAACGCUCUCGCUCCUGCUCCAGAGGGAACGCUCUCUCCUGCUCCAAGAAACGCUCUCUCCUGCUCCAGAGAGGAACCUCCUCCCCUCCUGCUCCUCCCUGCUCCAGAGGGAACCUCUCUCGCUCCUCUCUCUCUGCUCCUGCUCCAGAGGAACGCUCUCUCCCUGCUCCAGAGGAACGCUCUUUCCCUGCUCCAGAGGGAACACUCUCUCCCUGCUCCAGAAGGAACGCUCUCUCUCUGCUCCAGAGGGAACACUCUCUCCCUGCUCCAGAAGGAACGCUCUCUCCCUGCUCCAGAGGGAACGCUCUCUCCCUGCUCCAGAAGGAACGCUCUCUCCCUGCUCCAGAGGGAACGCUCUCACUCUGCUCCAGAGGGAACGCUCUCUCCCUGCUCCAGAAGGAACGCUCUCUCUCUGCUCCAGAGGGAACGCUCUCUCCCUGCUCCAGAUGGAACGCUCUCUCCCUGCUCCAGAGUGAACGCUCUCUCCCUGCUCCAGAAGGAACGCUCUCUCCCUGCUCCAGAGGGAACGCUCUCUCCCUGCUCCAGAGUGAACGCUCUCUCCCUGCUCCAGAGGGAACGCUCUCUCCCUGCUCCAGAGGGAACGCUCUCUCCCUGCUCCAGAGGGAACGCUCUCUCCCUGCUCCAGAGGGAACGCUCUCUCGCUGCUCCAGAGGGAACGCUCUCUCUCUGCUCCAGAGGGAACGCUCUCUCCCUGCUCCAGAGGGAACGCUCUCUCUCUGCUCCAGAGGGAACGCUCUCUCCCUGCUCCAGAGGGAACGCUCUCUCCCUGCUCCAGAGGGAACGCUCUCUCCCUGCUCCAGAGGGAACGCUCUCUCCCUGCUCCAGAGACGACGUGGUGAUGGGCACGCUCACGGUCCGAGAGAACUUCAGCUUCUCUGCAGCUCUGCGUUUGCCUUCGAACAUCUCACAGCAGCAGAAAGACGAGAAGGUGGAGAAGCUGAUCCAAGAGCUGGGGCUGGGGAAGGUGGCCGACUCCAAGGUGGGCACACAGCUGAUUCGUGGGAUCUCUGGCGGUGAGAGGAAGCGCACAAACAUUGGCAUGGAGCUCAUCAUGGAUCCCUCCGUCCUGUUCUUGGACGAACCCACGACCGGACUGGACUCAUCCACCGCCGGGUCAGUGCUGCGGCUGCUCAAGAGGAUGGCGGAUCACGGUCGCACAAUCAUCCUCUCCAUCCACCAGCCGCGAUACGGAAUCUACCGUCUGUUUGACAGCCUCACACUGCUCGUCAACGGGAACCAGGUGUACCACGGCCCGGCGCAGGAGGCUCUCGACUACUUCUCAGACAUCGGAUACACCUGUGAGCCGCACAAUAAUCCUGCAGACUUCUUCCUGGACGUGAUCAACGGCGACUCGACGGCGGUGAUGCUGAGCUCCGACCACAGCGGGGAGCGGCCCUCGGCUCAGGCCAUCGAGCAGAAGCUGGUGCAGGAGUACAGGACCUGCAGCUACUACAAAAAAACUCAGGCUGAACUCGAGCAGAUUGUGGUCGGAGGAAAGCAGGCGCCCUCUAUUGUCCGCUCCAGGACCAUCACCUACAACACUGGCUUCUGCACUCAGUUUAGAUGGGUCCUUAGGAGAACUUUCCAGAACCUAGUGCUGAACCCACAGACCUCCGUGGCACAGGUGGCGGUCACCGUGUUCCUGGCUCUUGUAGUUGGAGCUCUAUUCUUCGGCGUUCAGAGUGAUCGCAGCGGGAUCCAGAACAGAUUUGGAGUUUUGUUCUUCAUCACAGUGAACCAGUGUUUCAGCUCCUUGUCCUCAGCAGAACUCUUCAUCACAGAGAGAAAACUCUUCAUACAUGAGUACAUCAGUGGUUACUAUCGUGUCUCUGUGUAUUUCUUGGCAAAGAUCUUGUCUGACAUCAUCACGCUGAGGACCAUCCCCGCCAUCGUCUUCUCCUGCGUCGCCUACUUCAUGAUCGGUCUGAAGCCCACCGUCGCAGCCUUCUUCACGUUCAUGCUCACCGUCGCCCUGGUGGCCUACACUGGGACUGCAAUGGCGAUGGCGAUCUCUGCUGACCAGACUGUGGUCGCCAUCGCCAACAUCUUCAUGACCAUCUCCUUUGUCUUCAUGAUGAUCUUCACGGGGUUACUGGUGAACCUCCCCACCAUCGUCAGCUGGUUGGCCUGGCUCAAGUACCUCAGUAUUCCAAGAUACGGGUUUGGGGCGCUGCAGAUCAACGAGUUUGUGGGACUGGAGUUCUGUCAAUCUUUGAACACAACCACAAUCUGUCAAUCCGGGGAGAGCGUGCUAGCGGAACAAGGCGUGGACUCGUCGCCAUGGGGACUGUGGCAAAACCAUGUGGCGCUGAUCAUCAUGUCGGCCGUGUUCCUGACCAUCGCGUACCUUAAACUGCGCUUCAUCAAGAAGUUCACAUGA